GUCCUCGUCGUCUCACACCACCACACAGAGCUUCGGCGCACUCGCACCUUGGGCACCACCACACACACCCACCCUAGCUUGUCGAUCGGCUGAGGAGCGCGACGAUGGCCAAGGACAUCGAGGCGGCGCCACCCGGUGGGGAGUACGCGGCCAAGGACUACUCCGACCCGCCGCCGGCGCCGCUCUUCGACGCCGAGGAGCUGACCAAGUGGUCCCUGUACCGCGCGGUGAUCGCCGAGUUCGUGGCCACGCUCCUCUUCCUCUACAUCACCGUGGCCACCGUCAUCGGGUACAAGCACCAGGCGGACCCCGCCGGCCCCAACGCCGCCGACGCGGCCUGCAGCGGCGUGGGAAUCCUCGGCAUCGCCUGGGCGUUCGGCGGCAUGAUCUUCGUGCUCGUCUACUGCACCGCCGGUGUAUCGGGUGGCCACAUAAACCCGGCGGUGACCUUCGGGCUGUUCCUGGCGCGCAAGGUGUCGCUGGUGCGCGCGCUGCUCUACAUCAUCGCGCAGUGCCUCGGCGCAAUCUGCGGCGUCGGGCUCGUCAAGGGGUUCCAGAGCGCCUUCUACGUGCGCUACGGCGGCGGCGCCAACGAGCUCAGCUCCGGCUUCUCCAAGGGCACCGGCCUCGCCGCCGAAAUCAUCGGCACCUUCGUUCUCGUCUACACCGUCUUCUCCGCCACCGACCCCAAGCGCAGCGCCCGUGACUCCCACGUCCCAGUGCUGGCUCCUCUGCCAAUCGGCUUCGCGGUGUUCAUGGUGCACCUGGCCACUAUCCCGAUCACCGGCACCGGCAUCAACCCGGCAAGGAGCUUGGGGGCUGCUGUGAUCUACAACAACGAGAAGGCCUGGGACGACCACUGGAUCUUCUGGGUGGGGCCAUUCAUCGGCGCCGCCAUCGCCGCCUUAUACCACCAGUACGUGCUGAGGGCCAGCGCCACCAAGUUCGGCUCGUCCGCCUCCUUCGGCAGCCGCUAGAUCGACGGCCGGCCGCCGUUCUCGAUGGUCGGAGGCACUGAACUGUAGAUAUAUCAGAGGACAGAGGGGCCUCCAGUGUGUGCUGCUGUUCGGGUCCUGGAUUCUGCUGGUCUUUGCACGCGUCUCUCUUUUCCUCAGCUCGCCGCCGCGUUUGCUGCUUGUUUUCUCUACCGAUCGAGUGUGUCUUCGUUAGUGUUUGCUUCCAUUGCAUGUACUAUCUGUGAACGAUGAGGAUGAUGUACUGUCAAUCUGUCAUGUAUGCGUCCAGGUAAUUUGGGGGGAAAUUUGAAAUGCAAUGUGUACGUAAGAUUCGGGUUG